CACGCCGGAUGGUCUUGACUGUCCUUUUGUUCUCAUAGGUGCAUUGAAAGACUUUGUCGCGGUGCGCAUACGUGGCAGACCUGCCUUCCUACCUCGGCGCCAAUACUGUUCAGACAGAUAUGGCAUCCGUUGAAGAAGCCCUUGGUCGUGCCCGCGCGGUCGCCAGCCUUUCUCUCCAUCGCUCCACUUACGUGCCAAACGGUCACCAAGAGGCGUCCAUCACCAAGGAAGAAGUUCAGUCAUUACUCGAACAGAGGCGGCAACUGGAUAUCGACCUUCAGCGCUCUCAACACUCGGGGAGCGUUCUUCCGGAAUUACUGGACUUGCGACAAGCUCUCGAUACACAAAUCGCUCUUCGUAACGCGCUUUUAGCUCCAUGUCGCAUGCUACCUCCUGAACUUCUGUCGGAGAUCUUCCUCCUCGCGCUGCCGGAUAUCUGGGACCACGAGCCCGCUGGGGUGCGGCGCCUCAACGUCGCUCGCGUAUGCAGCUCGUGGCGAACAACUGCUCUGGCCACGCCCCGUAUAUGGAAUACCUUGCGAUUCAACGCGUGCGACAAUCCUCUAAAUAAUCACGCGGCGGCUGUAGCGACGGAGAUGAAAAAGGCGGGCAAUGCGCCUUUGAGCAUCAUCAUCGACGCGCUGCUUCCGGAGGAAUGGGUUUUUCGCAACCGCAUGGUAGCUGAAGACUUCUGGGGCGAUGAGGCAUGGAACAUCCUAUGCUCCGCAUCUCAGCGAUGGUGCAAGGUGACUCUUCGCGGCGUCCCACGCUCAGCAUACGACAUCCUCACGCAGCAUGAUUUUCCUCUCCUACAUUCCCUCUCCCUUUCGCUCGCCCCCGACGGGAAUACUCCAGUUGAAGUCCCGCUCCAUGUGUUCCAGAAUGCGCCUAACAUCACGUCUCUCAGCAUUCAAUACUACUCGCCGCCAGUCGAGCCCGUGUUGCCAUCCUCGUGGAAGAUCACCGAGCUGACCAUCACCUGCGGCGAACACGGCACAGGCCGCAUAUUCACGCCCCCACUCGCACCUUCUCUGGCCGUGAUAAAGGCGUGCAGCCAAACGCUCCGCAAGUGCACCGUCACAGCUAAUGAGUCUGGCCCUUUCAACCCCAGUCACUCUCGCAUAUCGCUGCCCGCGCUCGAGGAACUCCGCCUCAGCGGCAGCGCUAUAUCCCUCUGCCGCUUCGUUAGCGCCCCGAAGCUCACGACCGCAGCCUUGCGAAGCUACCCCGAUCUCAUCAUAGACAUUCUCGCCACAUUCCGAGUCCUGAUGGACCAUUCGCGCGGAUGCCCAUCGCUGCGGUCGUUUGCGAUUCUGGAGUCUUUCAUCUGGCCGAUCAGGUUGCUCGCAUUCCUCAUGUUUGCCCCGCAGAUCACCGACUUGCACCUCUCUUUCGACGACACGCCUCAACAGCACAUACUGCCCACCGAGACGCUUCUGCAUAUGGAGACCCUCGGAGCACUAUCCCGGGAUGGUGGAUCAGUCACUGCACUUACCCUCCUUCCCAACCUUCGGCGCCUGCAUCUUGAACUUCGCGGCGUGGGCGAGGAUACGGAGGAAAAGGAUCGCGAGUAUCGGGAGGCGGUUCAGAAUAUAUUCGAGUCGAGGAGGUAUCCGCGCGUUAUGGAGGGUACACCGCUUGCCUGCCUAGAGAAGCUUACAGACUCGAAGGGCCUAUUGCUGGAGUAGGACGAAAUGGUAUAUUUUUUUCGUGCUCA